AUGACACCAUCUGGCUUGUUGAUAUUCAGUUCGUUGCUCACUAGGACGUUAUGUGUCAUUGCACCUCAGAUACCAGAUUUCAAGACCGGUGACAGAAAAGUCAUAAAUACUCCAUUCUGGCACGAAGUUUUCACGGAAGUUUACGAAGAGCAAGAAGAAGAAGUAACCACUACUUCAGAACCUCUGCCAUUCUUUGAAGAUGACGCGUCCACUAAUAACGUGACUGCUCAGAUGGGAAGCAGAGUCCACUUACAUUGUCGUGUCCAUGAUUUGGGUGAAAAAACGAUAUCCUGGGUUAAACGUCGGGGAGAAGAUCUUCAUCUACUAUCUUUUGGUCGUCACACCUAUUCCGCAGAUUCAAGAUAUUCUUUGGCGUUUGAACAGCCUAAUGAUUGGCGGUUGCUUAUUCAGUAUGUGAGUGAAAGAGAUGAGGGUUACUAUGAGUGCCAGAUAUCUACACACCCACCUCUAGUCAGAAGAGUUCACCUUACAGUUGUCGUACCCAAAGUUGAAAUAAUAGACGAAAGAGGUCGACCACUUCAUGACAAAUUCUACAAAGAAGGUUCUAUAAUAGAACUUAGGUGUAUUGUCAGCGAAGUACCUCAACCCGCGCGGCAAGUUAGUUGGAAACACGGUGGAAGGCUUUUGAAUUAUGAUACCAAAAGAGGGGGAGUAAGUGUGAAGACAGAAGCAACAUCAAAUGGAGCAUUAUCACGUCUUUACAUCGCAAAUGCAAUAAGAAGCGAUUCCGGUAACUAUACUUGCUCGUUGGCUGAUGUAGCAGCCUCUGCUGUCUCAGUUCAUGUUUUAAGGGGUGAAAACCCGCUAGCAAUGCAGCGAGGAGGUGCUUCUGUACUUCAUCCCACACUCGUUCUAUUAAGUUGUUAUGUUAGCUGA